AUGAACGGGACCGCGGAGGGUGCCACGUUCGACGAUAUCGUGCGAUACGUGUUGAAGAACAUGAAGAUCACUCACGCUCGCGCUGGCUACCUGGUGAUGGAGGUUCUCAAGGCUGGAGUCGCCAUGGGACGAAUCAAGAAGACGCCUCGUGGUACCUAUGUUCUAGCCACCGAGAAAUCUGGCUCGAUCACUCAUCACAUCAGGGAACCGCGAUUCACCGACGACAGUGAGGACGACGAUUCAUCUCAGAGCUAA